AUGUCUGAAAAGCUUCAAGUAGCAGUCGCCGGCAUUGGCCGCAUGGGAAUGCGCCAUGCCCGACACUUUGCAACACUCACACCCCGCGCCGAGCUGAUUGCCGUCUGCUCGCCGGUGCAGGCCGAGCUCGACGCCGCAAAGAAGGAGUUCGGCGUCCGAACAUACCUCUCCUUCGAGGACAUGCUCGCCAAGGAAAAGACCCUGCAGGCUGUCGUCGUCGCCAGCGCUACCACCGUCCACGCCGAACAGGCUAUCAAAGCCAUUGAAAAGGGCUACCACGUUCUAUGCGAGAAGCCACUCAGCACAAGUCCCGAAGUCUCCCAAACAGUCGUUGACGCUUACCGCAAAUCCAUCAAAUCCUUCCCCAAGCAAAAAGUCAUCUGCGGAUUCUCGCGCCGCUUCGACGCCUCGUACCGCGAUGCCUUUGCGCGCAUGUCAAACGGCGACAUUGGCACACCAUCCGUCUUCCGCUCUCAGACAUGCGACAAGCUCGACCCGAGCGGAUUCUUCGUCGCAUACGCCGAGUUCUCCGGCGGUAUUUUCGUAGACUGUUCUAUCCACGACAUCGAUCUUGCACUGUGGUUCUUCGGCGAGGACAGCAAGGUGAAGAGCGUGACUGCCGUAGGCAUCACAGCCGUGCAGCCCGAUCUACGAAAACACAAUGACCGCGACAAUGCAAUUGGAAUUAUUGAAUUCUAUGGCGGCAAGAUUGCACAGCUUUACUGCUCGCGUAUGAUGGCUGCGGGCCAGAUGGAUUGUACUGAGGUUUUCGGUACGAAUGGACAGAUCGCUGUUAACACACAGCCGCAGUCGAACUUAGUGAACUUGUUUGAGUCUACGGGUGUGCGUCGUGAGAUCCCGCCUGAUUACUAUGGACGGUUCCGUGAGGCGUUCGUUACAGAGGCUAAUGAGUUCACUGCUGCUUGUUUGGAUAACCUUCCUCCGCCUAUGUCCUUGGAGGGAGCGGUUAAGGCGGUUCGCAUUGGUGCUGCUUUGCAGGAGAGCUUGAUCUCUGGGAAGAAGAUCGAGUUUGAUGAGAGCGGAAAGCGUGUUGAGUCUGCUAGACUAUAG